AUGCUGGGAUCGUCUUUGGCCAAUCCUGAAGACUUGUCCGGAAAGAUGUUCACCUUCCCCACAGAGACGGACUGGGCUCAUGUGAGAAUAACUACGUCCAAACAGAGCUUGGAGGCUGCCACUGUCUGCCUCAGGUUUUUCACAGACAUCACCAGAGACUUCAGCUUGUUCUCGAUGGCUACGCCCUCUCAUCAGAACGGCUUCCUCAUCUUUAAGAAGCAGCAGGUGGAUGAGUUCCAGGUGUUUGUGAAGAACGCAAUGGUGACAUUCAACGGUCAGAAGUACAACACCAACACGUGGCAGUCUGUGUGCUGCACCUGGGACUCUGACACCGGACUCACCCAACUCUGGCUCAAUGGAAGCCCCUCCAGCCGCAAGUUCACCUCCUCUGCCCUCUUUAAUGAGCCCAUCAUCAUCGUGCUGGGACAGGAGCAGGACUCUCACGGUGGACGGUUUGACGAUCAGCAGUCGUUCGUGGGGAUGAUGUCAGACCUCCAGAUGUGGGACUACGCUCUGGAUCCGGACCAGAUCCACAGCUACAACCACCACCUCAACGUUACCGACGGCAACGUCCUCACAUGGGGGUCCCUGGAGUUCAGGAAGACUGACCAAGUCCACAUCGAGGAGAAAGAGCACGAAUAG